AGGGUGCAGAGCUCCCAUGGCUCUCUGCGUAACUCUUCUUUGCUCCCUGGUAGCAUCACUGCUUGGUGGGCUCUACCUCCUGGGAGCGUUUCGAAGAAGGAGACCCAACGAGCCCCCUCUGGACAAGGGUCUCAUCCCAUGGCUGGGUUACGCACUGGAUUUCAGAAAGGACAGUUCAGAGUUUCUGAAAAGGAUGCAGAGAAAACACGGGGAUAUUUUCACAGUGCUAAUUGGAGGCUAUUACUUCACCUUCGUGAUGGACCCCUUUUGCUUUGGUGCCAUCAUGAAGGAAUCGCGAUCCAAACUAGACUUUGAGAAGUUUGCAUCUGAACUGGUCCUCCGGGUUUUUGGAUACAAGACCAUUGAAGUAAGCCACAAGAUUAUUCAGCUAUCAAGCACAAAGCAUCUGAUGGGAGAUGGACUCGUUGUCAUGACACAAGCCAUGAUGGAGAACUUGCAGAAGCUGAUGCUUUAUCAGAUGAACUCAGGAGAGGGGGAGCGAACGUGGCAAGAGGACAGUCUCUUCAACUACUGCUACAACAUCAUCUUCAGAGCUGGGUACCUGGCUUUGUACGGCAGUGAGUCACACCAAGGGGCAUGUAACAAGGAGAAAGCUAAUGAGCACGAUCGUGUCCACUCUGAUGAGCUGUUCUAUGAAUUUCGGAAGUACGACCGCCUCUUCCCUCGCCUGGCCUAUGCCAUGUUGCCUCCCAAAGACAAAAUUGAAGCCGAGCGGCUCAAAAGGCUCUUCUGGAGCAUGCUGUCUGUGAAGAAGAGCCGACAGAAGGACAACAUCAGUGGGUGGGUAAGUGACCAAGAGCAGUCCCUAGCAGAAAAUGGUGUCCCUGAGUACAUGCGGGAUCGUUUCAUGUUUGUGCUCCUCUGGGCAUCCCAAGGCAAUACUGGCCCAGCUGCCUUCUGGCUCCUCUUUUAUCUAAUGAAGCAUCCAGAAGCUAUGAAGGCUGUGAAGGAAGAAGUGGAUAAAGUCUCCAGGGAGAGCGGCCAGGAAGUGAAGCAAGGUAGCCCGCCGAUUAACAUCACUAGGGACAUGUUAAACCAGAUGCCUGUUCUGAACAGUGCUCUGGAGGAGACCCUGCGGCUGGCUGCAGCCCCAAUCCUUAUCAGAGCCGUCCUGCAGGACAUGACCCUUAAGAUGAGCAACGGGACCGAAUACACCCUGCGCAAAGGAGACAGGGUGGCUUUGUUCCCACAUGCCUCUGUGCAGAUGGACCCAGAAAUCCAUCCCGAGCCUCACCAAUUUAAAUACGACCGGUUCCUAAACCCAGAUGGCACCAAGAAAAUUUUCUACAAGAAUGGGAAAAAGCUGAAAUACUUUAACAUGCCUUGGGGAGCAGGGAUAUCCAUCUGUCCCGGGCGGUUCUUUGCGACCAAUGAAAUGAAACUAUUUGUGUUCUUAUUGCUGACUUACUACGACUUGGAGCUGCUUAACGGAGAAGAGGAGAUCCCGCCGAUAGACAUCAGCCGCUGGGGAUUUGGAACGAUGCAGCCUGUUCGUGACGUCCGCUUCAGAUACCGGCUGCGCUUUUAAUUUGAAAAGCCUCAUUACGUUUGGCCUCCUGGCUUGUUUAGGAGCUGCCGGUGAAAUAAACUGCACAAAACUCCUCACGCGGGUAUCGGAUCUGUGCAGAGCUCUUUUGUAAGAGCGGAUGCUGGUAUGAUCUCC